AUGGUAAUUGGUAGUGGUAUAAGUAAAGAAAAUAGUAGAGAUAUUAGUAAUAGUUUAGGUGAUAGAGACUGUAUUGGUAGUAAUAGUACAAAUAGUGAUAAUUCAAAUUUAAAUAAAAAAUCAUUAUCUGUAAAAAUAUAUGCAAAUGGUUAA